AUGUUAUGGAUUCCUCUAUUCCAAAUUUACAAGUAUUAUUCCACUGACAAAGCAGAGGCAGCGUCCGGAUCGAGUCAGCAAGGACAUGGACCGAGGAGACAGAAACUACAGUACAAUUUGCAGAAGAAAUGCAGAUUGUGCCUCGGCAAAGGAAAUGGAGAGACACGGCACGAUGUAUCCGGUGUCGAUCCUUACAGAGCAGUUCAUUCGUUGGCGACAUCGCGUGGUGUCGGUGGAGAGGAGGGCUCUGGGGCCAGCACCGACUUCGUGCUUUGUGAAGAAGGGAGGUGCGCGGGGACAGGGGAUAGAGGGUGGCACCAUCUUCGAGAGAGGGAGAAAGCCAUGGCUGCGAGGUCUCGAUGGAGCUCCUCUCGCCUCACCUCAUCGCGUGCACUGUCCAGCUCCAGGUCCGGCAGCCUCUCGCCAAGCUCUUUCAAAAGCGCGAGGGUGCUCGCUCGUUUGGCGCUGGACGCCUUCAAGUUCUCCGUAGCUGGAGGUGAAAUUGAGCAGGAGGGAGAUUACUACGUGCAUCUCAAUUCGGAGUUGGGAGACAGGCGGUACAGGAGGCUUUGUGACGACGCUGGCCUCGCUCUGAAGGAAAUCCAUUACUGUCAAGAAGGUUUGGACAUUGCGAGGGUCAACCAAGAGCAGGAGAUUCUGUCGCAAGAACAAGUGACGAGCAUCGCACCUGUGAAGGAUCUAAUCAACCAUGACUAUCUUAUUCUUGUGAUCGAGGCUGGAGAGCCGAGUGCUGAAGCUCUUUACAUUAAAGCUCACAAACUUGGCGGAGACAAAGCAGGGAUUCAUAUUACUCAUGUUCCGAGUAGUGUAAUAGAUGCGGUGCUGCACGAGGGCGUCCGAUGCUUCACUAUCGAUUGUGACAGGGGUGAGAAGAAGCGUAUGCAAUUGGAAGCUCUCCUCGCUAUUUUGAAGAAAGAGAAUCCUAAUUACAGCUUGAUAAAUGCCAAUUGCUGGGACUAUGCCAAAAAUACGGCGAAGAGUUUGGUGAGAGGAUGCGUUGAGGUUAACAGUAUCAGCGCGGCUGAGAAGAGCAGGCUCCAGAAGGAGCAUGACAAUUUGGAAGCUCAAUUGGCGUUCCGUCACAUUCACAAUACGGCGACGUCCCUGAUAAGAAGAGUCGCCUCAUCUCGGAUUUCGACUUCUUCUAGUGUUCGGGAUUCGGCCAGAGUUCUGAGUUCGUCAAGGGCAUUGGAGCUCGUACUACCUUUAACAUCUUUAGCUUCCCCUGACAGUGACCAGGAGCUUCGUUCAAAUUCUUCAGUCAUUUUGGAGUCCUCCAGGGUUUUGAGUUCUUCAAGGGCAGUGGAGUCCUUCUCACAUGUGUCAUCUCCAGGGGGUCUAGCAGCUCCUGCAUUAAGCCCUAGAGAAAUUCUUGACCUGAGCUCACCUACUAUUUUGGAUUCCUCCAGAGUUUUAAACUCCUCUGAGGCUCUGGACUCAUCCAAGCCAGUGGAGCUCUUGGCAGCUUCAACUGCUCCCCCUCCUGUAGUCAGCAGUGGAAAGUUAUGGUUUCAAAUAUUUUUCUUAAUAUUUUGGUUAAUAAUCGACUGGUUAGGCCUUCGGCCCUGGGCAAUUAGGGUUCUUGGACUUCGCAGCACGAGGUAGGAAGCAAAAGAGAAUGUGGCUGUGGAAGUAGUUGCAGAUGAGUGAGACUAUGUAUAGGAUGAGUGUAUACAAGCCGAUCCAGUGCAGUGAGGAAGAGCACCCAAGCAAAUGAACAUUUCAAGUUCCAAAAGGCUGGUUUGCUAUUUACUAACGACAUUAGAAAUUUAGGUUUAAAGGCUCUGCAUUGCUUGGUUGACGCGGCUAAAAUUUGAACUGUACAUUGCUUCAUAGUAUAGCAUAAUAAAAAAAAAGUCCAUCUGGACAUGGCCUUAAAUUAUUCUCGA